UGCUGCGCCGGAUCCGGGAGAGGGGCGGGCGCCAUUGUGCCUCGCUGUCGACUGCUGGGACUCGGUUACGGGCCUAGGACUCGGAGGAGGAAGGCGACGGGCGCUGGCGACGAGCGGGACGCACCCUGUGCGGGGCCAUCGCGGAGCAGGGGAACCUUAAACAUGGAGUCCAAACCAUCUCGGAUUCCAAGAAGAAUUUCUGUUCAACCCUCCAGCUCUUUAAGUGCUCGAAUGAUGUCUGGAAACAGAGGUAGUAGUUUAAAUGAUACCGUAUAUCACCCACGAGACUCUUCAUUUAGACUGGAUUCUGAAUAUCAGACCACAUCAGCAUCAGCAUCUACAUCACCAUUUCAGUCUACAUGGUAUGGUGAAUCUGAGAUAACUCAGGGAGCACGCUCAAGAUCACAAAACCAGCAAAGGGAUCAUGACUCAAAAAGACCUAAGCUUUCUUGUACCAACUGUACAUCUACCUCAGCUGGGAGAAGUGUUGGACAUGGUUUAAAUGCAGUGUCAGAUUCUUCUUGGAGGCAUAGUCAAGUUCCUAGAUCAUCAUCAAUGGUACUUGGAUCCUUUGGAACAGACUUAAUGAGAGAGAGGAGAGAUUUAGAGAGGAGAACAGAUUCCUCCCUUAGUAAUCUUAUGGAUUAUAAUCAUCGAAGUGGUGAUUUCACAACUUCAUCCUAUGUUCAAGACAGAGUUCCUUCUGCGUAUUUACAGGGAGCAAGACCAAAAGAGAAUUCAGUGAGCACUUUACAGUUGAACACAUCAUCCACUAACCACCAGUUGCCUUCUGAACAUCAAACCAUGCCAUGUUCUAGGGACUCGCGUAGAAAUUCUUUAAGAUCAAAUUUUUCUCCAAGAGAAUUGGAAUCUCCACAAGUACACAGUAUACAGCCUGGGUUUUCUUAUAUUUCAAAUCGAGAUGAAACCUCACCCAUAACCAGUUCGGAUAGAGUUGGUUCAUCUCAAAGAUCAUUUCAAGUAUCUUCUGACAAUGAAGGUAGACGAACAACCAGAAGAUUGCUGUCACGUAUAGCUUCUAGUAUGUCUUCUACUUUUUUUUCACGAAGAUCUAGUCAGGAUUCCUUGAAUGCAAGAUCAUUGAGUUCUGAGAAUUCUUACAUUUCUCCAAGAAUUUUGACAGCUUCACAGUCUCGUAAUGCAGCAUCAACUUCUGACCUUCCUGAUAAUAGGUCAUCCGAAGCUUCUCAGGGAUUUCGAUUUCUUAGGCGAAGAUGGGGUUUAUCAUCUCUUAGCCAAAAUCAUAGCUCUGAGCCAGAGUCAGAAAAUUAUAACCAAGAAUCAGAAGGUAGAAAUACAGGACCAUGGUUAUCAUCGUCACUUAGAAAUAGAUGUACACCUUUGUUCUCUAGAAGGAGGCGAGAGGGUCGAGAUGAAUCUUCAAGAAUAUCUACCUCUGAUAUACCAUCUAGAUCUCAUCAUAUUUUUAGAAGAGAAUCAAAUGAAGUGUUCCAUCUUGGAGUACAGAAUGAUUCCCUUGGGGCUGCUGCCACCAGACCACAAGCAUCUGCAGCUUCCGGCAGUGCAGCCAUCGGUAGUUCUGCAUCAGAUUCAGCUUACAGCGGAAGGAAUACAGGAAUAACUGGAAUUCUUCCUGGUUCUUUAUUCCGAUUUGCUGUCCCCCCAGCACUUGGAAGUAAUCUGACCGACAAUGUCAUGAUCACUGUAGAUAUUAUUCCUUCCGGUUGGAGUUCUUCUGAUGGAAAAAAUGAUAAAACUAAAAGUGCACCUUCCAGGGACCCAGAGAGACUACAGAAAAUAAAAGAGAGCCUUCUUUUAGAGGACUCUGAAGAAGAAGAAGGUGACUUGUGUAGAAUUUGUCAAAUGGCGGCCGCAUCAUCAUCUAACUUGCUGAUAGAGCCAUGCAAGUGCACAGGAAGUUUGCAGUAUGUCCACCAAGAGUGUAUGAAAAAGUGGCUACAGGCCAAAAUUAACUCUGGUUCUUCAUUAGAAGCUGUAACCACCUGUGAACUCUGUAAAGAGAAGUUGCAGCUUAACCUGGAGGAUUUUGAUAUUCAUGAACUGCAUAGAGCUCAUGCAAAUGAACAAGCUGAGUAUGAGUUUAUCAGCUCUGGUCUCUACCUAGUUGUGUUACUUCACUUGUGCGAGCAAAGCUUUUCUGAUAUGAUGGGAAAUACAAAUGAACCAAGCACACGUGUUCGAUUUAUUAACCUUGCAAGAACUCUUCAGGCACAUAUGGAAGAUCUCGAAACGGUAAUAAGCCAGAUUCUACUCAGCUUCAGAGGAUGACUCCGAAGAAGAUGGAGAUCAUAACAGAACAUUUGAUAUUGCCUAACUUCAUAAAAGACAAAUGGAUGAUCUGUGAACAAGUGUUUAUUAAAACUGGCAAUUAAGUAUGAGUUAAUUUUGUGGGGAAUGCCAUUUGAAUACAUGACUAUAAUGAAUAUACAUAUAAAUGUAUAUUCAUUCGCACGUGUUGCUGAAUAAAAAUUCUUCUACUGGACCUUUUAACAUGGCCAGUGAAUCUAAAGUUUAUAAACUGGUGAUCUAUAAAGUAUUUUUCUUUUAGGUGAGUAGGAGAGGUGUUGCUUUUGUUUUAAAUAGCUAAGCAAUGCCAACACCCUUUUUUGUGUUCUGAUUACUGUAGUCAUAUUUAUGAAAAAAGUUCGUGUUUUAGUCUCUUGCUAGUGAAAAAGGUGGGGCAAAAUAUGCUUUUGAAAUAAAAUGCCAAAUGGCACCCAAUUUCUUUUCUUUUUUAAAUGCCUUAAGUUGCAGUCUCAUUUUCAUAAUCAUUUCUCUCCAGUGUUUAAAAGGGGUAGGGGUGGGGGUUUGUGAUGAGCAUUAGGUUUCCAAAUUUAAUUUGAAUUCUAAAUUCACUUAGCAAUAAAAUCUACUUUUUAGAUAAAGUAUAUAAAAUAUAAAUGAUGGAUAAUUUUUUAUUGAUUUGCAAAAUGCAAGUUAUAUUUGAUAGGCCAUAGUAUGUAGAUAUUCCUCUUAGGAAUAUUACAGCUGUAAAUUUUAUCAGAAUUGUCAGUCAAGUGCUAUUUGGUUAAAAAAAAUUACUGCGAUCUCAAGUUAAAGGAAUAUUUUUAAAUCCCACAUACAAAGUUUAAAAAAGAAACACUGGUUUUCAAUGUGUUUUUUAGUGUUGUCUCUUCUUUAUAGAUAAAUAUUAUAUAAAUAAUCUAUUUGGAUCUUGGUCUUUUCUAAGUUCCUUGAAACUAUUCCUUGGUAAUUGUGAGCUUUUAUUUGAUGACUCUGUACUUUUCAUUAUCUUUGAAGAACAGAUGAGUGUUAACCUGUUCAACAUGAAUAGAUCUAUAUUGUGGUCAUGAGUUGUGUAUUCUUCCAUAACUGUAUUUUCUGUCAACUCAUAAAUACACUUUAUAAAGCACCUUCAGGUGGUUUCUGAUUAAAUAAAGUCUUCAUGUCAUGGCAACAAACUUUUUCAGAACUGAAUCAAAACCGUGUAAUUUCUCAAAUGUAAGUCAACAGUUUGCCCACACUUAAGUCAGUUUGUUGGUUUUAUGUAAAACAUUGGCUUUAAAUAAAGUGCAUACUGAUUGAUUUACUUUUAAGGUUUGAAAUGUUUCCUUUUAUUAUAUUGGUGCUGAAAGAAUUCCAAUUAUAAAUCAAGAAUUUUAUUUCAUGCAAAAAUGUUUGCAUCAUUUAUUCACUUUUUGCCUGUUAAUUAUCUUAUUUAAGCAAAAAAUAUAAAAUUUGAAGAUGCCAGUUUCUCUUUUCUGAGUUCUUAGGGCCUUUGAAAUGAAACAUUUAUAUCUUUAAUUUGUAUCUUAAUUUAGAACAGAUUUAUUGUUUUCUUCCUAACAGUUAAAUAUAUGUGGUAGACAGUUUUUUGGCUUGUACAUAAUUUAUAUUUAGUAUAACUUGAACACAAAUGACAUGCAAAAUGGCUUGAAGAUACUUCGUACUGUUCAGUGUUUUAGUGAUUAGAUUCUUAGCUUCUGUAAAUGUGGAUUUGGAAAAAUGUCUGUCACUAUUUUAUAGGGUAUUUUCUGUCGUUGGUUAUUGAAACUAAAGGAAGACACUAUGCGUUACUAACUACAAAGAAUAUAAAGGUAAAGGCCCUCCCGUUGAUCAUCGAAUUGCUCGAGCUGGCCUAGUAACGUCUCCAUUGGAGACUUUGUAUAAAUUCCUAAAAAAAAGCCAGUUAAAAGUAAUGCUAAAAGUAAUGCUAGUCUCUCAAGUAUAGAAGUAUAAAACACUUGUGUUAUACCUAUAUAUAAAAUACUGUGACAAAAUUGAUUAGGAUUUACUGCCAUAUACAUCUAAAUACUCCUAAAAUUUGUCUCUUGACAUCCUUAUUUGUGUUUCCUGGCACAUUAGUAAAAUUGGGGUUAUUUUUUAUAAAUACAUUCUCUGACUCUUUCUUUGCAUAUAUUUAAUUGUAUUGAUUAUUUUGGUAUCCAUUGCAUUUUCUGAUUGUUCAUAGUCGUGAGUUUUAUAAAACAUGUUUUCCUUUUUUCAUUAAACUAUUUUCAGUUCCCAAACUUA